AUGCCAUCCCUGCACCGUACUAGCGCCGGCAUCCUGGCUGAUCCUGAGCGAUGGCGACUCAACGUCAACAACGGUGUCCAUCGAUGGCAGUAUGUCGAUGAGCAGACAUCGACACAACGCCCACAGUCUGCGGCGGAGAAAUACUUCCUCGGACUGCCUACCGAAUCUGCUCGCAAUGGGUUCCGCUUCUACCAAAGCCUCCAGCUGGAGGAUGGCCACUGGGGCUGUGCAUACGGUGGACCCAGCUUCUUGCUGGCUGGCACCGUGAUUGCCAUGUACAUUACCGAGACGGAAAUUUCACCAGAGUGGAAGACUGAGAUUAUCCGCUAUCUAACAAGCACUGUCAAUCAAGAUGGUGGGUGGGGUCUACAUUCGGCCGGCGAUUCAACUGUCUUUGCGACUAGUCUCUACUACAUCACCCUGCGACGCCUCGGUCUGGAACCGACGCACCCUCUAGCCACCAAGGCUCGUACCCGCCUUCACACCCUAGGAGGGGCAAUUGGAGUGCCUCAAUGGGGAAAGGUCUGGCUCGCAUUAUUGAAUCUGUACAGUUGGGAUGGAGUGGAUCCAAUCCCACCCGAGUCCUGGUUGCUUGCUGACUGGGUUCCGUUCCAUCCAUGGCCCUGGUGGGUUCAAUGCCGCGUGGUUUACCUUCCCGUCCUGCGUCACGAAAUCUAUAUAUCACCGUACGAGAAAAUCAACUUCGAGCGGUAUCGGGAUCAUGUGGCGCCAUCUGAUCUGAAAAAGCCAACAUCGAAUCUUCUCCGCGUCGCCAACCGGAUCCUGCGUUUCUGGGAGCAAUAUGUACAGCCCGACUGGAUCGUUCAACGGGCAAACCAGCGAGUUUGCGCAUUGACCCAACGCGAAGACGAAAAUACAUCCUACAACUGUUUGGCUCCAGCCAACAAAGCCUUUCACAUGGUCGCUGUGUGGCAUUCCGAUGGCGUCGAUAGCCCUCGCAUGAUAAGUCACCGGGAAAAGAUACCCCCUUAUAUGUGGAUGGGAGAAAGUGGAAUGACCUGCAGUGGUACGAAUGGCGUCCAGGCGUGGGAUACGGCGUUUACAAUUCAGGCCAUGGUUGAGGCUGGACUGGGCAGGGACUCGGAAUUUCGUUCGUCAUUGGAAAAAGCUCUGCAAUUUUUGGACGUCUCUCAACUGCGGGACAAUCUGGAAGACCCUUAUCGCCACCCGCGGAAGGGCGGCUGGCCGUUCAGCACCAAGGAUAAUGGCUAUGUGGUGUCCGAUUGUGCUGCGGAGGGUCUUAAAGCGGUGUUGAUGCUUCAGAAAGAGUGCAACUUCCCCAGCCUCAUCUCUGACGAGCGUCUCCAGAGCUGCGUCUUCGACAGCAUCAUGGUCGAAUAUCCGUAUCCCGAGUGCACCACGGCGGUGGUAACGACGCUUUCGCUUUUCCACCGCCAUUUUCCCGCCUACCGGGCGGCUGAAAUUGAGGAAGUCAUCCGCCGUGCAUGCACCUAUAUCCUGAGUGAACAAUGGCCGAACGGAGGCUGGUAUGGAUCAUCGGGCGUAUGUUUUACCUACGCCUCACUAUUUGCAAUGCGGAGCCUGGAACUGGUUGGUCAGACGUGGCAGACCAGUGAACCUGUGCGCCGGUGUUGCAAAGAGCAUUAUACCUCUUGCGAGGUGGAGGAGUAUGUGCAGCAUGAGCGAAGCCAGGUGGUGAAUACGGCGUGGGCUUGCUGGGCAUUAAUGCAUGCGCGGUAUCCAUUCAAGGAAGCCGUUGAGAAAGGGCUCAAGUUGAUUAUGAGCCGGCAGCAGGCGAAUGGAGAGUGGUACCAGGAGGGUGUGGAGGGAGUUUUCAACAAUACAUGCAUGAUCGGCUAUCCCAAUUACAAGCUCUACUUCACUUCAUGGGCUCUGGGAAGGUACCAGCAUGUAUAUCUUCCCAUGCUAAAGGAGAUGGAGGGCUUGUGA